AUGGCAGGAGGGGGCAAUGCAGAUUUUCGUUCCUUAGAACAAACGCCCACCUGGGCUGUGGCCAUUGUUUGCUUGGGCUUUGUACUCAUUUCUAUACUCAUCGAAAAAGCUAUUCAUUUCCUGUCAAGGUGGCUCAAGAAACGCCAAAAGAAAUCACUGGGAAAAGCACUAGAAAAGAUCAAAGAAGAAUUGAUGCUGUUGGGAUUCAUCUCCCUUCUGCUUACUGUUGGGCAGAAGCCAAUUUCAGAGAUUUGUAUAUCUGAGGGCUUAGGUGAUUCUUUCCUUCCCUGUUCAAAGGAGGAGGUUUCAGCAGAGAGUGUUUCUGACAAGAUUGAAAAGUUGGCAUUACUUGGGCACCAUCGUAAGCUCCUGUUCUUAGCUUCAGAAAUACCAUUAAGGCGUACCUUGGCAAGAGAUGAGACUGAGGAUGGUCACUGUGCUAAAAAAGGGAAGGUCCCUCUGAUAUCACAAGAUGGACUCCAUCAACUGCACAUCUUCAUUUUUGUGUUGGCUGUUUUUCAUGUCUUGUCAUGUAUUGUAAUCAUGACGCUCGGAUGGGCAAAGAUGAAGAAAUGGAAAGCAUGGGAGGAAGAGACUAAAACAUUGGAUUAUCAAUAUUCUACAGAUGUUUCAAGGUUUAGAUAUACUCGUGAAACUACUUUUGGAAGGAGGCAUAUGAGCUUUUGGUCCAAAACACCAAUCCUCACUUGGAUUGUAUGUUUUCUUAGACAAUUCGUCCUAUCUAUGUCCAAAGUGGAUUACUUAACAUUGUGUCAUGGAUUUAUACUUGCUCGUUUUGCUCCUCAUAGUAAUUUUGAUUUUCAAAGAUAUAUAAAGAGAUCUUUGCGGGAUGACUUUAGCGAUGUUGUAUCAAUUAGUCCACCUCUAUGGUUUUUCACAAUCUUAUUUCUACUUCUCAAGAGGAAUGGAUGGUUCACAUUCUUUUGGCUAUCAUUCAUUCCAUUAAUUAUUCUUCUAAUAGUGGGAACAAAGUUGCAAGUUAUAAUAACGAAAAUGGCGUUGGACAUCCAAGAUACAAAUCCUGUUGUGCGAGGAGCUCCAGUGGUGAAUCCCAAUGAUCAACUCUUUUGGUUCAAACGACCCCGCCUAAUUCUCCAUCUCAUUCAUUUUUCCCUAUUUCAGAGCGCUUUUCAACUUGCUUUUUUCUUCUGGGCAUGGUACGAGUAUGGCCUGGAAUCCUGCUUCCACAAACAGAUCGCCAAUAUUGUAGUUAGAGUAAGCUUGGGGGUUACAGUUCAAAUACUGUGCAGCUAUGUAACUCUCCCUCUCUACGCUCUUGUUACACAGAUGGGUACAGACAUGAAAACAACCAUAUUUGGUGAAAGAAUAGCCACGUCCUUGAAGAAGUGGCACCAGAGAGCUACGAGGAACCUUAGGGAAAGGCAAGAAAAUGUAUCAAGUGGACCAACAAAUUCACCUGAAGGAUCUUCUCCAGUUCAUCUUUUCCACAAUUACAAAAGUGUAAGAGACCCAGAAAGCUUAGAGCAAAUGGAACAAUUUGAACAUAAGCUUAGACCUUCAUCUUCUUACGAUCUUCGCCUGAAUGCCAAUAAUGAUUCCAAGGAAGAAAUACAGGGAGACACACAAGACGUUGAGACAGAUGCUUCUGAUUUCAGCUUUCACUUAUCCAAGUAA